AUGCCUGUCCUUAACCUGUCUGAGCUGAACAUUGUUCUCGGCGUCUUGGGCGCUUUCAUGGUCCUUUAUGGCAUCAUCUCUGUCAAGAUCAAGCAGGCUUGGUAUCUUGGCGAGGCCCUCCCCGCGGUCUUCUUUGGAGUCAUUCUCGGACCUAUAGCAGCAAAGUUCAUCGAGAGCGAGAAAUGGGGCUCCGCUGAGCCAGGACAGACUAGCGCCAUCACCCUGGGCAUCGCUCGAGUAAUGAUUGGAGUACAGCUUGUAAUCGCAGGCUACCAGCUCCCUGCCAAAUAUGGACUCACACGAUGGAAAGAGAUGGCUCUCUGCCUGCUCCCCAUCAUGACCGUCAUGUGA